AUGGCCGCCCCGAGCGGCGGGUACAAGGAGCCUGUUUCGGCGCAGUUAGCACGGGCUUUACCAGACCUUCCGCGAUUCGAUCAAACUCGAGUACCUUCAACAAAUCGGUACAUUAUAUCCGGCCGCUAUAUUACCGAAUGGAUUGGGUUUUCGAAGAAUGUGAGAGACUAUAUACAAAAUCUCAACGAUGGCACGAAGUCGGUUACAGGCGACUCGAUGGAGGAUAUUCUCGUCCCUCGCGUCCUAAUGGACCAGGAGGACUUAAUUCGUACCCCGAAGGGGAUUAGAAGGAGAAUUGAAGAACAGUUGAUUGAGCCGAUUGAGAGGAUACUUGCAGCAUCCAGUCCUGCGGUUCUCCCGGUAGAACUCGCCGCUAUAAAAUUUGGAGAGAUUGACACGGCAGGAUUGAAAUUCUUUGUUCCCAACGAAUCUGAGAUUGUCACAAUCCGAACGGGUACAGUUGAAAAAUGCCAGAUUAUACGGGCUGUAGCCGAGUUUAGGCCACCUUGGGUCUGUGAGCUCCGUAAUUGGCCGGUGACUGGUGGCAUAGAUCAGAGGAAUGAAAUGGGUAGGCGACUAGGCCAGCUUUGCAAAUAUAUGAAUGCGGCUCAUAUACAAUACGGAAUGUUCAGCACCUAUAAUUCCACUGUUUUCCUUGAGCGUUUUAAUACAACGGAGUUCAGAUUUUCCCCAUUACUUCAACAGACUUCAACGAAUCCAUCAACACGGGAAGCUCUUCUAUAUUUCCUAAGCAAAGUAUCAAAGAGUCAAGGCUUUGAAGAUUUCAUAGAGCCAUCUUCCAUUGCUGUAUUACCGGUCUCUAACCCACAACAGCCAAAAAGGCAUUUGGUGAAUGGAAAUAAGAAAGUUAUAGGACAGUCUCCACAGAGUAUGGUGGUUCGUGGAGAGAGUUGUGUUAUUACUAGCCGUGAGGGUGUUUUACUUGGGGUUUUUGAUCCAAUGACUGCUCUUAACCCAAGGGUAUAUAAAGGGUUGUUUACAGACUGCGAAUAUGCCCGGCCUACGCUUGCUAUUAUGAAAAUCUUCACAGAAGAUCAAGAAGAACGAUUCACAUCUGAGUCUAUAGCUUCUGAAGAGAUGUCCUUUUCAGAAUAUCUUCCAGAUUUCAUAGUGUCCGGCUGCACAUCCGGCGGGUACAAUACGCCUGGUGGGCUCGUCGUUGUCAAAACAUUUCGACCUGGCUUAACACUUUCCGACAGCGUCUGGGAUUGUCUCCACAGAUCGACAACUUACCAAGAAAUCUUUACUUCUAUGAAAAAGGCUUUACAAGACUUUAGGGAUCACAAUCUUAUACUCAACGAUUUAACAAGGGAUGAUGUUUUAUGGGAUGCUGAGCGACAUGUUUUGACAAUCGUUGACUUGGAAUCUUGUUCCUGGCAACCGGAGGGUCAGAGUUCGCAAAGCAUUGUAUACGAAAUGGCCUAUCUUACUGGAGAUUUUAGUUUACUAAGUCAUGCAAAUAUAUAG